AGAGAGAGGCAGGGUGGGUUGUGGUUGCGGCCACGUACAGUAGAUGUGGAUGGUGCAGCGGGGUUGCGCAGCAAUCCACCAACCAUGUAACGUUAGGGAGGAGGAGAGUCUGACCAAUAAGGCGGAUAUUGCAGCUUUACCUUUUGCACAUGUCCGAUGUCGUCAUUGGGAAACCACUAACGCACUGCCUCGUAUCACAUCCCCGGCAAAAAAAAUGGAUAAGCCCAGGCUGGGAGUCAGGACUGAUGCGGCAACAUCAACAUUAAAGCAACUUGAUGGAGAAAACUAGAGGAGUCCCUUUAAGAUGACACGCACAGACCCGCUUGACAUACUGGUAUCAACUGUGCAUCAAGAGAUAAAACUGGUCCCCAUUUCUUCACACUACAAGACCUUGCAACCCUCCAAACAAUGUGAUUCUGUAAAUUACAGCACACUGGAGGACAGUAAGAGCAAAGUCAAUAAGAGGCACUGCCGUACCUUUGACUAUAAGUCAUUGGAGUACCCCAAAUCACAAAUGGAGUCCCCAUACAGGAAGACUGAUAGGCAUGCAGCCAACCCAGAAGUUGCCUGGAAUGCCUUGGGCCGCCAGCAGAGAUAUCGCUUUUCUGCUCCAGACAUUUUCAGCCAUAGGUUAACUCCUCAACCAAUGUCUGCAGAGAUGGCCAGUGAGGUAGUUGUCCCUGAACAGAAAAGAAGGACCAGGUCAAAAAGUGCCCCUCGGGUCCAGACUAGUCUCACCCCUGUGUCUUUUGAAGGGUCCUCAUCUUCGGGGAGGAAGGGCAGGGAGCCCCAAAGGGCUCCAAGAGACUCUCGCUGGAGACCAGAAGUAUCCCCGCGUAGGGAGUCCUCCUAUGCAGCAACUAGGGCUCAUAUGCAUGAGGUCCAUCCCAUUAAGUUACAGCCUCAAAUGAGUGACAGCAGUAAAUAUUCACCUCACUAUUCUGCUGAUAAUUCUGAGGAUGGAGGGCUGGAUAAACCAGCAACUAGUCCUCAUGUCAGGUGUCGGGUGGACAUCAAACCUGAUGAUGCAGCAUUACAUCAUUCAGGACGAAAACAGGCUACACCUCAAGUGGACAUACCCUGGCAAAGGCACCACAGUGGGGGGAGUAGGAGUCUGACUGUGCCACGUCAUUUCUCCUACUCUAGAACACCAACUCCAACUGAUUCAUUAGGUACAGAGAGCAGGCAAGCUUAUCAAUAUUCCCGCAGCAUGCCAAAUAGUUACAUACAACCCAUGGAAAUUCCCUUGCAAAGAAUGCCUUCAUCAGGUGAUUACUAUGGUCGGGAACGCAGAGCUCAUUCCAGUCCUAAUGUGCCAACCAAGUUCUUUUAUGCAGAUGAUCCAGGGAGAUAUGUUACUACUGCUCCACCUCAGCCAAGUUCUUACUUUCAUGAUGAACGUUACACACCAGGACAAACAUAUACUCCAAAGGUACAAUAUGUGCAAGAUCCAAGGACUCGAAUGGUGCAUGCUGUAGCUACAAGACCUUAUUAUCCUGAGAUGGAGACCUAUCCAUACUCUGUGCAGACAGGGUAUCCCAAACCCUAUGCAGCAAAUGAACCAGGGCCAUACAUCAUACAGACACCUCCAACAAGAAUAUUUUAUGGGGAUGAUCCAAGGACUUAUCAAAUCCAGACUGCUCCGCCAAGGUUUUAUUAUUCCAGCGACAUGUAUGCAAUGCCGCCAGAACAUCAUAUCCCAGCAAGGGCGUAUUACACGGAGGGCCGAAGACAUGCUAGAGUCAUUCAGGCACAAACAGAUGACUGGUAUGGCUCAGAUGCAUCUGGUUACUCCACCAAUCCUGCCUCUUAUGUAUCUCAAGUCACUCCAACCAGAGUCCGUCAAGAGCCUGUGUUAACUCCCUGGUAUGCCAACCCAUGUGUAGAACCUCAAAGAAUUGGCACAGAUUCCAAAUCUUACUCAAGGUCCUGGGACAAUAUUCUCAACUCUCGUGUAGAGAGGGAACAACCUCUUCCUGUACAGCGGGGUCAGAGCUAUGAUGAUCUUCUUGAAUCCAGGAAGCCUGCAGCAGCCACAGGUGACAAACCACAACCAGUGGUAGUCAAUCUCUCCAGUUCACCAAGACGCUAUGCAGCCUUAUCAAUGUCUGAUAACUCACUAAUUGACAAAAGCCCAACAGAGACAUCAAAGAGCACUACUGGUAAACUCUGGUUUGUGACUCCUGAGAUAACAAUCACUGAUAAUGACAUUCGACCAGGAAAAUUUAAUAAGGCUGAGGGACGGUCUGCCAGUUGGGACAUUCUUGACUCCAGAAACAUUGACGGUCCAGAACUGUCUCAGCGUGAUUUUCAAAGCUCAACCAAAGAGAAGACACAUGACAAUGCCUCACUACAGCAAAGCCUUGAACAACUUGAUGAGCUUCUGGCAGAUCUUGUGACUGAUUACAAACCACCCAGUAGAAGAGCAAGUGAGGACAUUCUGGAUCAACUAAAGAAGUUAAUUGAUGAGGAAGAAGCAGUAUCUCUGUCCAGAAAGAGCUCAAGGGCAGGUGCGGAUGAACCAGCACCUCUUGACAAGCAGCCGACCUCAAUAAGAAUGAAUCCUGAUGCUUUUCGAGACAUGGACGGGACCAGUGAUGCAAUGAAGAGUGCAGAUGAGUGCUCUCCAGAUCAGAGCCCAGAUGAGGACGAUACAAUGAUGUGCUCUAACAACAAAUGCCGGAGGACAGAGACCCUGUUCAAUGCUUGCCUGUAUUUUAAAUCCUGUCACAGUUGCUAUACUUACUACUGCUCUCGUAACUGUCGCAGGGAGGACUGGGACAUUCACAAAGAAAGCUGCCUGUAUGGAAGGAUUGGCAGCACAUGUCGUCACAUCAUCAAACACUGCCGGGAGACUGUUGAAGUUCACAAAGCCUUCUCCCGUAUUGCCAAAGUUGGCUACCUUUCUCGAGGUAGAGGAGUUCUCUUCCUUGGUUUUCCAAACCCUGCAUCAUCCAGUAACUUCCUGCAGUAUGGCCUGGAUAGUCUACUUAUGUCUCCUACAUACCUGUCCCUCCGAGAGCUUGAAAGCUUCAAGGACAACCUAGGGGAGUACUGUAAGGAGCUGCAGGAAGCUGGUAAAGAGUAUGACCCAAACGAAUGUUUCAUCUUGAAUGUAUCUAUUGCUGUCGGUGAGCAAUUACCUGAUGGGCCAUCACCAAGGAACCAAGCUCCAACUGUCAGAAAAUAUGCAAAGGUAGCACUGGCUUCCUUCAGCCCAGAGAGAAAGGUUCACAAGAAAGAGAGUGACAUGGAAACGCUGAUCCUCACUCCACCCCCAGGAACAGCAGAUAUCGACAAAGAGGGAGAGGAAGGCAGGAAGGCCAGGGAAAUCUGUUUUAUCAAUAUACAACGGGAGUUAAGGAUUCGAGGGGUUUUCUUGCGCCACGAAUACCCACAGGUGUAUCAGCAGCUCUGUGAAUUUGUGGAAAGCAACAGAAGGUUCACACCCACAACUAUAUAUCCCAUUGAUAAGAGGACCGGUAAACAAUUUAUGUGCAUGAUUAUGGCUGCCUCUGAGCCCAGGACUUUGGACUGGGUAGGCACGCCACAUCUCCUUGAUGACAUUAUUUAAGUGCACCCUUUGUUGUAAAUAUAUAUGUAUAGAAAUACAUAUAUAUUGUUACACAUAUUUAUAUAUCAAUCCAAUUACAAACAUUUGUAGAUAAGUAUUUUGUUAUCAAGAUUAUAUAUAUUCAUGUCUGCUUGGUCAGUAUUAUUCUUUUUCAGAAUAUUUCCUGUCAGGUGCAGAAUGAGUACAGUGCAUUAUUUAUUUUAAUCUUUUUAACAAGUACAUACUUUUUAUCCACCACAAGUCAUUUAUCUGUAUCCUGGUCAUUUGCUGUUACAUUCCCUUUGGUAGGGAUUACCUAAGCUGACAUUUUGGUAUUUUGAUUUUUUCAAAUUAUUAGCAACAACUGUAUGUUCUUCUAAACGUAUAGCCUCUUUAAAUGGGAGAGUCAAUUUCUGUAAGCGAGUACAACAUGACUAUUUUUCAUACGUGACUUUAAUGGUAUAUCAGGCGGAAAAUAUUGAACAUUAUUUUCUUAGCUACGUAAAUACUUUCUAUGCAAAGUUGCUUCAUGAGUUAAGUACCACAUUCCUGUAGAAGGAGUUGUUUCUGUUAUAUAUUAUAUUAUAUUAUAUUAUACACAUCUGUAAAGAAAGUUUUUGUUGAAACUGAGAUAAAAUGUUGGAAGUUUUGGUGGCAACGUAAAUCCUCAUCAUAAAUAUGAUAAAAACUUAAAAAGAGAAAGGUGUGCUACUUAAAACAUCUAUUUAAAAAACAGGCACACAAAUCUUAUUGUUGCGUAUGUAGGAGUCUAUACUGAGAGUUAACGUGUGAGUGUACUUUGGAGACAGGCUAAAUUCAGUAGUUCUUAAAUUCUACGCUGCAGAAUUACUGGAGCACUACUGGACUUGAAAGUGACCUCCACAAUGGAUAUUAAAAUGGUGCCAGUUACCAGCCACACAGUAGGUGUUGGCCUGUACUGUUUAGUUUUAAACACUGUGAAUAGUGAGAGUUAUCUACUACAAAAACAGAACUUGGUAUAAUACCAAGAAAUCAUGCAAUUUCCUAUAACACUGAAGUUGAUGAGUUGUAUUUUUAGAUAUAUUUACAAAUAAAAAUAUAAGAAUUAGCAGCAGGAGUUAUUGUCCUUAGAACAAGGUGAGCCAGAUUUGGCACAGUAGCUAUACAUGCUUGAAGAAGACAUUAGUUGUGUAUUUGUGCUGCACUAGAUUUAUUACGUGUGAUUUAUAUUGUCCUUUUUUGUUUUAGCAAAUCAGAACCCUUGCGUUGCUCAUUGGUUGCAGAAGUUUUACAAACAUAUAUCAAUGCAACUUAGCCAUGUUGCCUCAUCUCUUCAGAUACAGUACAUUUCUUGAUUUAGUUUUUUAGUGUCCUAAAUCCUAAAUUCCCUGCCAGCACACUGACAAUGAUUUGAAACUUACAGUUGAGUAGAAAAAAAUCAACAGUCUAGCUGUUAUGCCAAUAUCCAAACUAUUUAAAAAAAUGGUUUGACUGACACCAUUUGACAAAUGACUCAACAUAUCUGAAAUAAUUUGUCACUCAGUAAAUGUUGAAUAAGCUGUUUCCCCCCCUUAUUAAUCAUUGUUCUUCAUAUCAACUUUUAUCCUUGUGAUAUCAGCUUUCCUUAGAGUUUGUAAGACAAAGUACAGUGAAACUUGAAGCACAUAUAUAUUUGAAAAUCAGUUUCAUUGGGUUACACUUGUUUGGUUGACAGGACGUGUUGUACAGAUUCAGUGAAAAGUUGCUGGCUGCAUGUGGCGCUGUUUUCUAUGCUCUGAUCUCAUUUUAACAUGACAUUGAUGAUAGUAAUUGCUCGAUGAAUGGAUUUGUGAAAGUGAAAACUACUAUGCUGUGUAAGAAAAAAUAAAUGAAUUUUCCAUUUUUGUUAGUCAUUUCAGUUAAAAUAACGUGUCAAAAGCAAUGAAGAAGAGACCUCACUAAAAUGUCUAGUAAUCUUGUAUUUUUUUAUACUUUCAACAUAUGUGUCUGAGUGUGUCUAUUUAUAAACCAUAUCUAAUAAAUGGAAUGGGAACUCUGA